CCAGCUGUGCUUUCUCAGGACAUCGCCCCCCUCCCAGAAACACAGUCAUAUAGUCUUGAAGUUUUAACGCCAUGUCCAAGGAUUUGGUGACAUUUGGGGAUGUGUCUGUAAAUUUCACUCAAGAGGAAUGGGAAUGGCUGAAUGAUGCUCAGAGAGACUUGUACAGGAAGGUGACGUUGGAGAACUAUAAGAGCCUAGUGUCGCUGGGGAUUCCUGUUUACAAGCCGGCUGUGAUCUCAUUGCUGGAACAAGGAAAAGACCCCUGGAUGGUGCAGAGGGAGGGAGCAAGAGACGCAAGCCCUGAUUGGGAUUAUGUCUUCAAAGGCAUUGAAUUUUCAUCAAAGCGAGAUAUUUAUGACGAAUCGGCCAAAGUCCUACCCAUGGGAAGAAGCCAUCUUAGUUAUAGCCUUGACUGUCCCAAUUUGAAAGAAAACCAUGAAAGUGAAGACUGGUUUAAGAACAGAUUGGGAGGUCAGGAGGUGCAUCCUAAUCAAUUGCUCAUCAUUCAUAAAGAAAUCUAUGAAGAUCAAAGUAAUGGGUGUAAUCCAUCUUGGCAAACAUUUCAUCAGGAUGCAAUACUAGAUAUACCACAGAGUUUUUCUACCAAAGAAAGAACACAUCAAUGUGAGCCACAAAAGAGAAGUUACCGAAAAAAGUCUAUGGAAAUGAAACAUAAGAAGGUCCAUGUAGAGAAGAAAAUUCUGAAAUGUAAUGAAUGUGAAAAAGUCUUUAACCAGAGUUCAUCCCUUACUCUCCACCAGAGAAUUCAUACUGGAGAGAAACCCUAUGCAUGUAUUGAAUGUGGGAAAGCCUUCAGCCAGAGUGCAAACCUAGCUCAACAUAAGAGAAUCCAUACGGGGGAGAAACCUUAUGAAUGUAAAGAAUGUAGGAAGGCCUUCAGCCAGAAUGCACAUCUUGCUCAACAUCAAAGAGUUCAUACUGGAGAGAAACCUUAUCAGUGUAAAGAAUGUAAAAAAGCCUUCAGCCAGGUUGCACACUUGACUCAGCAUCAAAGAAUUCAUACCGGAGAGAGACCUUUUGAAUGUAUUGAAUGUGGAAAAGCCUUUAGUAAUGGUUCAUUUCUUGCUCAGCAUCAGCGAAUUCACACAGGAGAGAAACCUUACGUGUGUAACGUGUGUGGGAAAGCUUUUAGUCACCGUGGAUACCUAAUUGUACAUCAAAGAAUUCAUACUGGAGAGAGACCCUAUGAAUGUAAAGAAUGCAGGAAGUCUUUCAGCCAGUAUGCACACUUGUCUCAACAUCAGAGAGUCCAUACUGGAGAAAAACCUUAUGAAUGUAAAGUAUGUAGAAAAGCUUUUAGCCAGAUUGCUUACCUCGAUCAACAUCAGAGGGUUCAUACUGGAGAGAAACCUUAUGAGUGUGCUGAAUGUAGAAAGGCCUUCAGCAACAGUUCAUCACUUGCUCAACAUCAGAGAAGUCACACUGGAGAGAAACCCUACAUGUGUAAGGAAUGUAGGAAAACAUUUAGCCAAAAUGCAGGCCUUGCUCAACAUCAAAGAAUUCAUACUGGAGAGAAACCUUAUGAAUGUAAUAUUUGUGGGAAAGCCUUUAGUUAUAGUGGAUCCCUUACUCUACAUCAGAGAAUUCAUACCGGAGAGAGACCUUACGAAUGUAAAGACUGCAGGAAAUCCUUCAGGCAACGUGCACACCUUGCUCAUCAUGAGAAAGUACAUAUUAUGGAGUCAUUCUUGUCCCUUUCCUCUCCAUCACCCUCUCCAUCCAAUCAGUUGCCGAGAGCUAUAGGUUUGAUCUCAUAAAUCUGACCCAUUAGAACCAUUUCUAUUUCAUCAUCCUUGUCUUCUACAUGGUAAUCUGUUUUAUGUGGAAUACUGAAAUAACUUUCCAGUGUGUUCACCCAUGCCUCUGUCAGUUUUUAUACUUCAGCCAAACUUAGAAAAACACAUUGUGGUCAUAUUAUUUAUCCUUCAUUAAUUAGGAUUACUUACUGACAUCCAAAAAUUCACUGGGAAAAAGCACACAGUCCUUAGAGUAACCUAACAAGCUACCUUGUCCCCAGCACCUUGUUUCAAACUACCUUCUAAAGCCUUCAUGUCAAUAUUC